AAAAAUAGCUAGAUCCCAGUAUCGCACGGACGCGUCUUCCCCCUCUUCCGAAGUCGACGGCACCCGUCUCCUCCCGCACGCGAAGCCCCAACCCUAAUCCGGCCCCGAUCUCGCCCGACAUGGCCGGCAAGACGAAGGAGUUCGAUGGCGCCAGCCCCGCCAAAAUCUUUAUCGGGGGACUCUCCAAGGACACCAGCAUGGGUACAUUCAAAGAGCAUUUUGGGAAGUAUGGUGAUAUAACUGAUGCCGUCAUAAUGAAGGACCGCUACACUCAAAAGCCUAGAGGCUUUGGAUUUAUUACCUUUGCAGAUCCUGCUGUUGUUGACAGAGUGAUUGAAGAUGAGCAUGUUAUCAAUGGAAAGCCGGUUGAAAUUAAAAGAACUAUUCCUAAGGGUGCUGCCCCCUUGAAAGAUUUCAAGACAAAGAAGAUUUUUGUUGGUGGAUUACCCACUGCUCUAAAAGAAGAUGAAUUCAAGGAGUUCUUUUCAAAGUUUGGAAAGGUGGUGGAGCAUGAAAUCAUCCGUGACCAUGCAACCAACCGGUCACGUGGAUUUGGUUUUAUAGUCUUUGAUGCAGAAAAAACUGUAGAUGAGUUAUUAGCUAAGAAAGGCAAUAUGAUUGAUCUAAAUGGUUCUCAGGUGGAGAUCAAGAAGGCAGAACCAAAGAAACCCUCUAACCCACCACCUCGUUCACUUGAUAGCGAACCUAGGGGCCGUCCAUAUGCGGAAAGUUAUGAUGGAUUUGGCAGCUCUUAUAACUAUGGUGGUAGUUUUGGCCCCUAUAGAUCACCUGGAAGUUUUGGUGCUAGGCCUGGUGGAUACAGUAGUGUUUAUGGUCCUGGUGACUAUGGUAGUGGCUAUGGUGCUUAUGGUGGAGCAUUAGGAGCAUACCGGGGAGAAUCCUCACUCUAUUCUAGUCGCUUUGGUAGCACUUAUGGAGGAAGCUUUGGUGCUUAUGGUGGUGGCAGUUAUGCUGGUGGAUUAGCUGGUGCAUAUGGGCGUGAUCCUGAGGGUUAUGGUGGUUCUAGCUAUGGGCCUAGUUAUGAUUCUUCAGGUGCUAGUGCUGGUUCUGGUGCUGGGUAUGGCACAGGUGGACUCUACGGUGCUAGGACAGGCUAUGGUAGCACCGGUGGCAGUGGUGCUGCUGGUCGUUACCAUCCAUAUGGAAGAUAGAAAAGCAUCAGGUGCUGCUGUGUUUGCUAGAGAAGCUUGCAGAAGAUCAAUUCUAGAUGUGCGCUCAAGAGAUAUUUUCUGCAUCUAGAAAGGCUUAUUGAAGUUCAAUAUGCUCAGUCUGGUGGACUACUUUUAGAUCAACUUGUAGAACUUAAAGCCACUAUUUUAGUGUUUGGAAUUUAAGCAUACUUAAGACUGCGUAUGCGCUUUGAUAGAUAGACAAUUCGGUGAGUCAAAGAUAGCCAUUAGUUUAGUUUAUGCUCAUGAGCUGGUUGUCUUUUUAGUCUUAUCAUUAAGCUUGAUGAUUGUAUGUGUUGGUUCUUUGUUAGAAUAGAGGAUUUGCUUUGUGUUUAUGAAGAUUGUGGUAGUUUGUCUGACUUAAGCUAUGGGCCAAUGUUGAUGGUGGUUGGUCCAACACCAGCCUUGUUUCUUGAGGUUAAUUCUUGGGACGUGAUUAUGUUUGUCUGAUGAUGAUUGUUACAGAAGGGCCUUGGUCUUAGCAGUUGCAUUGGCUAUUUGUUUAGGGCUGGUUUACAAAGUAUCUUGAAUUGUCACAUUUUGUGGAUUAGUUUAUUUGGACCUGGAGUGGUCUGGGGAUGCUCGUAAGGGGAAGUUUUUUGGACUCUGACUGCUGAGUGUUUUCAUA